AUGCUCCCUGCCACUAUACUCACGGCCCUGCUGGCGACCGUCGCGACCGCGGCUCCUGGGAAGCGAGCCGCUGAGGCCUACGACUAUAUCAUUGUCGGAGGCGGUACGGCGGGCCUUGCCCUCUCAACCCGCCUGAGCCUGGGCCUGCCCAAUGCGACAGUCCUUGUCAUCGAGGCCGGCGAAGCAGGUCUUGGAGAUGAACGCAUCGAGAUCCCUGGACGCAGAGGCACGACAUUCGGUACCAAGUACGACUGGAACUUGACGACCGUGCCCCAAGAGGGUUCCGACGGGCGCGUUUGGGUCCAGACACGAGGCCAUGUUCUGGGCGGCAGUUCCGCGCUGAACCUCUUUUCAUACGACAGAGCGUCUGCCCAUGAGUACGAUGGCUGGGAAGAGCUGGGAAACCCUGGUUGGAACUGGGAUUCGAUGCGCGCCGCUAUGAUGAAGUCCGAGAACUUUACUUCGGCCAACACGCAGUAUUAUACAGGAAGUGAGGGUGUGGGAGAUUCGGGCCCGAUCAAGGCGCUGAUAAACCGCCUUAUCCCCGAGCACCAAGCUGGGUUGAUACCUGUGAUGAACAGCCUCGGUAUCGAAACUAACUUGAAAUCGUUGAACGGCAAUUCCUUGGGCGUUCUAUACUCGCCUAACAGCAUCGAGCCAACCCACUACAACCGGUCUUAUAGCGCUAACUCCUAUCUUCCUUUGGCUGGAACAAACCACUUUGUGUUGACAGAGUCCAAGGUUGCCAAGGUUAACCUCAAGCCUACAUCCGACGGAAACCAUCAAGCUACAGGUGUUACACUAGUCGACGGAACCACCCUGACAGCCCGUCGCGAGGUCAUUGUUUCAGGCGGUGGUCUUCUCAGCCCUUCUAUCUUGGAGAACUCUGGCAUCGGUAGCUCUGAUGUACUUUCCGCUGCAGGUAUUGAGCAGAUCAUCAAGCUCCCAGGCGUCGGCGAGAACCUUCAAGACCACAUCCGAAUCCAAAGCUCAUACGAGCUCAGCAAGAACUACACCGGGUACGAUCGCCUAAAGUACGACACUGCCUAUGCUGCUGAGCAACUGCAACUGUGGUGGGAUGGCGAGACGUCGAUGUACGGAUACUCUGGCAGCGGCUACACGUUCACCAACUGGAACCAGGCUCUCGGUGACGAGGGUGAAGCGGACAUGCUUGCGCUUGCUCACGAGGCUGUGGGGGCUUCCGAUCAUCCAGUCGAGCAAAAGAAGCUUCAGUGGUUGAACGAUACCACUGUGCCACAACUCGAGAUCCUAUUCAGCGAUGGAUAUACUGGCGUCAAGGGAUACCCCGCACAAGGGACUGAUGGGUACGGCAAGGACUACGUGACUCUCAUCGCUGCCAUCAUGCACCCUCUGAGCCGUGGGAACGUGCACAUCAACGCCUCCAACCCACUGGGUCCACCUCUUAUUGACCCCAAGUAUCUAUCCCACGAGUACGACCUGCAGGCGGCCAUCCAAGCCAUCAAAAAAUGUCGCCAGGUAGCGCUCACAGAGCCCCUGAGAUCGACCUGGGUCUCAGAGUAUGAACCCGGCUUGAACACCACCACAGAUGCCCAGUGGAGGGACUUUGCCCUCAAGACGGCCUUGUCCAUCUACCACCCCGUUGGCACCUGCGCCAUGCUUCCGAAGCAGGAUUGUGGAGUUGUUGACCCAACUCUCAAGGUCUAUGGAACCACGAACCUACGGGUCGUUGACGCCAGCAUCAUGCCUGUGUUGAUCUCAGCUCAUAUUCAGACUGCGGUCUAUGGCAUCGCCGAGAGAGCCGCUGAGAUCAUCAUUAAUGCGGCCACGAAAUGA